GCGUGCGUGUGUGUGUGUGUCAGAGGAGGGCCGGGGCUCCUGAGGGAGUGUCUUCGUGUGUGAAGGCACUCAGUCCAAGUUGAGGUCGUCUUCAGCAGAAGGAAAGUCUCGCUGCUCCCAAACAUCUCGUCUUGUUUUUCACGUGGAUUUUACCAAACCCGAGCCAACAUGGCGCCACCGCUACCCACUGGGAUGGGCCACGUUCCCCAGGUGUGAGAGAGGAAGACGAAUGUUAACCACGUUGGACAUCAGGAUCCCAAUGCUAUUCCUAAAAAUGGCCUCAUCAGGAGCAACCUUGGUAACCUUAGCCACAGUCCUGCUAAGUGUGGCGCAGAGUUGGGGCAUGGUGGGAAAACUAAAAGCCAGCCCCCCGCUGAGAUUCACGCACCAUCUCUACAACGUCACCAUCAAUGAGAACUCGCCCCCGCGCACCUACGUGGAGACGCCGGUGAAGAUGGGCAUCGAAAUGGCAGAUUUGCUGUGGCAGGUGAAAUACGUGGUUGUCUCCGGGGAUGAUAAUGACCUUUUCCAAGCCGAGGAAGUCAAAGUUGGGGAUUUUUGUUUCCUGAGGCUCAAAACCCGAGGCAGCAUCUCCACGCCGCUCAACAGGGAGGUCAGGGACAUGUACACGCUGACUGUGGAGGCCACGGAAAGCACUUUUGACUUCCAGGCAAAGACUAAAGUGUUUGUCCAGGUUGUUGACACAAACGACCUCAAGCCUCUUUUCUACCCCGCUUCGUACAACGUGGCCGUCAGCGAAGACGCUCCGCUCCGGUCUAGCGUCGCCAGGGUUAGCGCGACGGACGGCGACAUCGGAAGCAACGCCGACUUUUAUUAUUCCCUCACCGUCAGAUCGCAUCCGUUUGUCGUCGAUCCUUUCAGCGGCACCAUCAGCAUCUUCAAGAAGCUCAACUACACCCGCAUGCACAGAUACGACCUCACGGUUUUAGCAGAGGACAGAACCAAGAAAAUAUCUGGGGUUCAGAAAUUUGGUAAUGUGGCCAAGGUUACUGUGAAAGUGCAAAAAGCUGCCAUGGUGUCUCCAGUUAUCAAGCCUCCCUCCGCGCCUUCAGUGUCCUCAGAUGGCACAGUGAGUAUCAGUGUCCACGUCCAGGCAGGACUUAAGCCCGUUGAAUUGCUCAGCGUCGUUGGCGGUGAUCCUCACCGGUACUUUGAGGUAAUCCCUUUGGGAUCACAGGGGAACCACUUCCAAGUGGUCUCCACCAAAAAGAUUAUCUGGUCACAAAGUCCCUUUGGACUCAAUCUGUCCCUACAAGCCAAAGACAGAAGCUCUCCAAGUUUGCUCUCUCCCGUUACAAAGAUUCACGUUCCGACCUUUCAUUACAGCCCAUUGGCGUUCUUAGAAGACACCUACAUCGUCUCUCUCAGUGAGAGUUCUCCGCCCAAAACGUUUGUUGUGAAGGUUUCAGUUAAUUGCAGCAACGUUACUUACAGCAUCAAAAUGAAUCCAGACAGCUCUAAAUUCAAGAUCAAUCCCAAAACUGGCAUCGUUACAACCAGGGAAACGUUUGACUAUGAGAGUCAGGCUCGCUAUGAGUUUGAUGUGGCGGCUAAUGAAGGCGAGGCUCAGACUCACGUUGUGGUUGAGAUCACCGAUGAGAACGACAACAGCCCGGAUUUUAAGCUAACCUCUUAUCGCGCGACAGUGGAUGAAAACAGCCCAGUCGGCAGCAGCGUUUUGAAAAUAGAAGCCACCGACAAGGAUAAUGAGGGAAACGGUUUUGUCACGUAUGCUAUUGCCAAUUCAGACCCCCUGCCUUUCAUAAUAGACCCAUUCACCGGUGUUAUCUCCACCUCGGAGCACUUGGACUAUGAGCUGAUGAAACGCUGGUACCACCUGAGAGUUUGGGCCUCAGACAGCGGUGAGCCCUUCAGCCGGGUCAGCGAAUGCCCCGUGACGAUUACCAUAAACAACGUGAACGAUAACAUUCCUCUCUUCGAGAGGGUUGGCUGCAAUAUCACCAUACCUCCGGACCUCGCUGUCGGUCACAGCAUCGUUGAGCUGUCAGCUAUUGAUUUAGACGAGUUGCAGCAGCUCAGCUAUGUCAUCGAGUCCGGCAAUGAGCUCCAGAUGUUUGCUAUUGAUUCGGUGUCAGGAGAGGUCACCCUUAAGCAAGCCAUCCCGCCAGGAGCAAACUCAUUCAAUUUGGGAGUCAUGGCCUCAGACGGAGAGCAUCACUCUGAGGCAUCUGUUGUCAGGGUAACGGUUACCAGCAGAGGUGAUGAGACAACAAUUCACUGCCGGGAAACAGGCAUUUUCAAACAGCUCAAAGAUAAACUGAUAGAGUCCAUCAAGCCCAUUUGGACUGACACUGAGGAAGACACCUUCUCAGGCACUCACAUCACCAACAGUCACUCUCCCAUGUUUGACCCCGGCCUUCCCAGCUCAAUCGACCUUCCCGAGAACUACCCGCUGGGCUCCGCUGUAGUUCACUUCAAGGCAUCAGACCACGACACAGGCUUUAAUGGCAUGCUUGUUUACGCCAUCUCAAGUGGGAAUGAGGAGGGCUGUUUCUCCAUUGACACCUUCUCUGGUGACCUCCGGCUGCUGUGUCCGCUGGACAGGGAGGAUAAGGUGUUCUACAUUUUGAACAUCACUGUGUUUGAUUUGGGAACGCCGCAAACGUCCGCAUGGAAGUUCCUUGCAGUGAACGUCCUUGAUGUCAAUGACAAUCCUCCCAUCUUUGAACAACCCAGACAUGUGGUACGCAUCCCUGAGAACACAGAGCUGGACUCAGUCAUUUUUACAGCUCGAGCUACAGACCCGGAUGCAGACGCGAGCGGGAUUGUCAAAUACACCCUCCUAACGUCUACUGACAUGUUUCGGAUCGACCAAGUGAGCGGCGAGGUGAUGGUGACAGCUCAUUUGGAUCGAGAAACCUCCCCCAGACAUGACCUCUGGAUUGAAGCCAGGGAUCAAUCCAAGCUCGAUCCCCCGAUGUCCUCCACUCUUAACCUUGUGGUGGUGCUUCAGGAUGUAAAUGAUAACCCGCCAACAUUUGUACCAACGGUCUACAAAGUCAAAGUUCCCGAGGAUGUACCGGUGGGCACCCUACUUGUUUGGGUGGAGAGUGUGGACUUGGAUCUUGGCAGCGGCAGUCUGGUCACCUACAACCUAAUGAACACAGAGAGCGGAAUCUUCCAUCUCGACCCCUCCACGGGUGCCUUGACCCUCGAGCGGGAGCUGGACUUUGAGAGGCGUCCCUCUUAUAACCUCACAGUCCGGGCUGUGGACCACGGCCUUCCACAAUCCCUCUCGUCAUCGUGUUUUGUGGAGAUUGAGGUUUUGGAUGUGAACGAGAAUCUCCACAAGCCAGUCUUCUCUGAGUUUGUGUACGAAACUGGAGUGGAGGAGGAUGCGGCUGUGGGGACGUCAGUGCUUACCGUGAUGGCCUCGGACAAAGACCUGGGUCGAGAUGGAGUCAUCAGGUACCGCAUCCAUGACGGCUCUGGCCUGGGAAUGCUCAGCAUUGAUGAAGAAACAGGAGUGAUCCGAACGUCUCAGGUGCUGGAUCGGGAGAAAGUGCCUCGCUUCUGGCUUUCUGUCCACGUCACAGACCUGGGAACCGAACCUCUGUCCUCGUGGACGCAUGUCUACUUGGACGUCCUGGACGUCAACGAUAAUGCUCCGGAGCUUUCCCAGCCGGUGUACUUUGCGUCCGUCCGGGAGAAUGUGGGCACGGUCAAGUCUGUCAUCCAGGUGUUGGCCACUGACGUGGAUGCAUCCUCUGAGGAGAAGCUUUCCUUCCAGAUGCCGGAAUCUCAUCAGACGUACUUUGGCAUCAAUGCCAAAACAGGUGUUAUCAGCACUCUGGCAGCGUUGGACCGUGAGGACAAACCCGAGCACAGCAUUGAGGUUAUCGUGUCGGACAACGGCUCUCCGUCGCUCCGGUCCACCGCCACCGUGGUCAUCAGCGUCCUGGACGACAACGACAACCGGCCAAAGUUCACCGACAAACUCUUCCACGUCAAGCUGCCCGCCCAGCGGCACGGAGCCGGCACGCGGCAAGUCUGCAGGAUGGUCGCCCAGGACGACGACGAGGGCACCAACGCCCGCGUGACGUACAAGUUACAAGACGAGCAUGACGAGAGAUUUGAUGUCGACCCGCUGACCGGAGUGGUGACGUCGUGUGGUGAUUUCUGGCCUGGGAACUACACCAUCCUCACGAUAAAAGCUACGGAUCAGGGCAGCCCCUCCCAGUCAUCUACAGCCAGGCUGGACAUCGAGUGGGUGGAGCCCCCGCCUCCCUCCGCGGACCCCAUCACCUUUGAGGAGCCCCAGUUUACCUUCGCCGUCAUGGAGACGGAGCCCGUCACGCACAUGGUGGGCAUCAUCAUGACGGACACGUAUCGGCUGCGGUGGUUCCACAUCACAGGUGGUGAUGAGGAAAAAGACUUUGACAUCCAGAGGAACUCCGGAACCAUCUACAUCGCUCGCCGCUUGGACGCCGCCCGCCGCUCCAACUACAACCUGACGGUGCAGGUCACUGACGGCCACCACAGCGCCAGCGUGCAGGCCUACAUCCGAGUGCUGGACAUGAACGAGCAUCGGCCCGUCUUCCUCAAGUCACUUUAUGAGGUGAGGGUCCCUGAGGACACAUCGCCGUGGAAGGACGUCCUUCAGUUGGGGGCGCAGGAUGCCGACGCCAACAGCAGGCUGGUGUUCUCCAUCCACAGCAGCCUCCAUCCUCGCAGCACCAAGUUGUUCCACCUGGACCCAAAGAGCGCCAUCUUGGUGACCACGGAGGAGCUGGACUACGAGACCAUCCCUGUCCACACGCUCAUCGUCAUGGUGCGCGACCAGGAGAUCCCAGUAAAACGGAACUUUGUGAAGGUGAUCGUUCACGUGGAGGACUGUAACGACCACGCGCCGGCUUUCCUCAGCCCCCGCUACCAGGCCACCAUCUCCAACCUAGCUCCCGUGGGCUCUGAGGUCGUACGGGUCAAGGCCCUGGACGGCGAUGUGGGCAGCAAUGCCGCCAUCACUUACUCUCUGCAUUCAGGAAACAUCAACAGCAUGUUCUCCAUUGAUCAAGUGCUUGGCUCCAUCACUAUAUCCGAAUCGGUGGACCUUCAGCAUCAGGACCAGUACCACCUCACGGUCAAAGCGACCGACCAGGGCUUCCCUCAGCGCAGUGACAUCUGCUCCAUCCACGUCUACAUCCGCAUCUCGGACCACACCCCGCCCACCUUCCCCACAGACGAAUAUUUGGCAGAAAUCAGCGAGCUGAGCAGCUUGGGAGCAUCAGUGCUCACCAUCUGUGCCUCCAGCCCGGCCGCAGUGCACUAUAGGAUUGAAAGUGGGGAUCCAGACGGAACGUUUCAUAUCAACAGAUACACCGGGUUGAUAUCAAUCCAAAGGCACCUUGAUUUUGAGAAGUGUUCCUCCUACAAGCUCAAAGUUUCAGCUUCCACCAGCUCCAGCGCCUCGUCCAUGACCGUCGUUCAUGUGUACGUGUUUGACGAGAAUGACAACGCCCCCAUUUUUGGGCAGCAGGAGUACGUGGGGCAUAUAAGUGAGGCAGCACGUGUCAAUAGCAUGGUUCUCGGGGAUGUGAACACUCCUCUGGUCAUCCAGGCUUCAGAUGUAGACCAAGAUGAAAAUGCUUUGCUCAUCUAUCAGAUCGUGGAAGCAGAGGCCAUGAAAGUGUUCAAGAUAGACGGCAGCAUGGGUACCAUCUCAUUAAUUGCUCCCCUCGACUUUGAAACCAAGGCUGAAUAUCACUUCAGCGUGCAGGUGAAGGACUCGGGGGAGCCAUCGCUGCACGCAGCACAGCCAGUCAAGGUCACCGUGCGCGUUCUGGACCUGAAUGACUGCCCACCCCAAUUCACCACCACCACUUAUGAGCAAUCCAUCAUCUUUCCGCCUGUCCGAGAUACAGAGGUGGUGCGUGUCGAGGCCCAUGACGCCGACUCUUCUGUGUCGUACAGCAUCACUGAAGGGAAUCUGCACAAUGCUUUUUCCAUCCAUCCCACCACUGGAGUCAUGACUGUGAGCAAUGUGUCUGAUUUUAAACAUUUUUACCAGCUGCUUGUUCGAGCCUCCGAUGGCCUUCAGAGAGACUCAGCCAUCGUCAGGGUGAACGUAACCAACGUAACUGAGAGCGGUCUUGGCUUUGAGCAAAAAAGGUACUCUGUCAGUGUUUCAGAAAAUCUAAACACGGUGAAAACGUUAGCUGCACUCAAACCUACUGGUUGCUCUUUAAACGAGCCUCUGUUUUACUCCGUUUUGAACCCAAUGGGGAAGUUUGCAAUAUCCCACACUUCCGGUGUCAUGCAAACCGCAGGUGUGCCCUUUGACCGAGAGGACAAAGACGUGUAUGACGUUGUGGUGAUGGUACAAGACCUGAGAACUCCACCAAGAACAGCCACCACCCUGGUCAAGGUAUUUAUAGACGACGUCAACGACUACCGGCCUCAGUUUCUCAACCUGCCUUUCUCAAUGAUGAUAUCUGAAGAUGCAGAACCAGGAGAUGUUCUGUAUCAGGCGACUGCCAUUGACAGAGAUCUGGGUGAAAAUGGAUCCAUUGUGUACUCACUGGAGGAGGAUUAUGGCCUCUUUAGGAUCGAUCCAGACAUAGGUGAUAUUUCUCUACAAAGGCCUCUUGAUUUUGAAGCUCUGAAUAAGUACAAAUUGACGGUCCUGGCCACAGACGAGGGGGACCCCAGUCACAUGACCGAGGCACAGCUCAGUAUUCAAGUGAGGAACAGAACCAACCCAGUUUUCCAAACUCUUUUGUAUCCACUGAAGGUGCCUGAAAAUGUUCCUCCGUUCACCACCAUCUUACAUGUGCAGGCCAGAAACCCUGAAGGCUAUCGACUGAUUUACAACCUGGUGGAGGAAAAUGCCUCAAAACACUUUCAUAUUGAUUUCAAAACAGGUGCUUUGACUGUCAUCAACCUGCUGGAUUACGAAAGCCAGACGAUGCACGUGCUGACUGUGCGAGCUACUGAUUCUGUGACUGGAGCGUUUUCCGAGGCUUCUAUUGAGGUAGAAGUUGAAGAUGUGAACGACAAUGCCCCCUCGUUCUCACAGCGAAAGUACACCGCCAACAUUGCGGAGGGGCUUCCUGUCGGCUCCUCAGUUCUGCAACUUUCAGCCUCCGACUUGGACUCUGGAAGAAAUAAAGAUCUGACUUUCCAGAUGGUGAGAAUGGAAGGCAGCGAAACCGACUUCUUUGGCAUAGACCGUCAGAGUGGAUUGAUUUUCACACAGCAGGUGCUGGACCAUGAAAGCACAAGUCACUUCCAGUUGAAAGUCAAGGUUGUUGACAACGGGACCAUCCCCCUCAGCAGCGAGGCCUAUGUUUUUUUAAAUAUUACCGACAUCAACGACAAUCCCCCACAUUUUGUAAGCUCUCAUUUUGAAGCCACACUGGAUGAAACGGCAAAGUGCGGCCACAUUGUCAUCAAAAUCCAAGCGUCUGAUCCCGAUGUCAGUGAUGCCAAUCACCUCAAAUACAAAAUCCUCUCAGGAAAUGAAGGUCGCUACUUCCAUAUAAACGAAUCCUCUGGCAUCAUCUCCUUCGCUAAUGUCUGCCGGAGGAGCCUUGACGCUUACUAUAACCUGACAGUGGCGGUGACUGACGGUGUGUUCCAGAAGAGUGCACCGGUCAAUAUUGACAUGAUAAACAGCAACAGGCACAGUCCUCACUUCAAACAGAACAUCUACGAAGCCGAGCUAGCGGAGAACGCUGAAGCCGGUACCCGUGUGAUCCGCCUGGCCGCCAUCGACCCCGACGAUGGUCCUUAUGGCAGUGUGGACUACACCAUCAUCAAUAAGCUUGCAGACGAGAGGUUUGCCAUUGAUGACAACGGGCAGAUUGUUACGACACAACCGCUAGACAGGGAAAACCCAGACCAGAGAGUCAUAGCCAUUAAGGUGAUGGCGAAGGACGGAGGAGGUAAAGUGGCCUUUUGCACAGUCAAGAUCAUUCUCACUGACGAUAACGACAAUGUCCCGCAGUUCAAAGCUUCAGAGUAUCAAGUUGCCAUUCAGUCCACGGUCAAUAAAGGCUCGCCUGUCAUUCAGAUCAUGGCUUAUGAUGCGGACAACGGCAAAAACGCCGACAUCACCUACACGGUGGAUGAGGCGGAGGAGGUGACAGAAGAUAUCAUUGAGAUCAACCCUUUCACCGGCGUUGUCAGUGUCAAAGAGAGCCUGGUUGGAAUGGAGAACAAAAUCUUCAACUUUAAAGUGAAGGCUCGCGAUGGCAGCCUCCCGUUCUACAACUCCACCGUUCCUGUCCAGGUCAAAGUGCUUCCUCCUGAAGUUCCUCUCCCAAAAUUCUCAGAGCCCCUUUACACCUUCUCAGCCGCUGAGGACAUUCCCGUAGGGACAGAGAUUGGCUCCGUGAAAGCCAAAUCGGAUAUGCCGCUCAUUUACAGCCUGGUCAAUGGCAACACGGUUGAAAGCAAUAAAGACAAAGUGUUCAGUUUGGACAAGGAAAGCGGAACUUUACUUCUACAGAAAAACAUUGACCACGAAAAGACCAAAUGGUACCAGAUAGACGUGCUGGCACAGGGCAACCACAACGGAACGGAUGUGGCAUCCCUGGUGUCAGUCAGCAUCCAGGUCCAGGACAUCAAUGACAACCAGCCUGUGUUUGACGCAAACCCUUACAGGGCCUACCUGGCUGAGAACAUGCCUGCUGGAACCACUGUCAUCCAGGUGACCGCCAAUGACGCAGACGCAGACACCAACGGUCUGGUGACCUACAGCCUGGAGCCUCUACUUGAUGACGCCACGACCAACGUCACUGAGGUGUUCUCCAUUGACGGUGACAACGGCUGGAUUGUCACGGUGCGCGAGGCCGACUGCGAAGCUUCGAGGGUCUACCGCUUCAACGUGCUCGCCACCGACCACGGGGGCGACGCCAAGCUGUCAUCCAGUGUCCUGGUGGAAGUGACGGUGACGGACGAGAAUGACAACCCGCCGAGGUUCUCAGAGGACGUGUACGGUGGCUCGGUGAUGGAGAACAGCCGACCUGGGGAGGUCAUCGUGUCCAUGACGACCACGGAUGCUGACUUUUCACUGGAGAACCGCCUCGUGACAUGUUACAUCACAGAUGGAGACCCGCUGGGCCAGUUCGCCGUCAUCCAUCAGGACGAGGGCGAGUGGGGAUUGAUCGCCAAGGAGCCUCUGGACCGCGAGGCCAAAGACAGAUACGCCUUGAAGAUCACCGCCACUGACGGGAAGUUCCAGACCCCGGUGAGCGUAGACGUGCACGUGCUGGACGUCAACGACAACACCCCUCAGUGUGAACAGCUGCUCUACACGGAGGCGCUGAUGGAGAAUUCCCCCCCCAGCGUGUUUGUGCUGAGGGUUUCGGCAUCAGACGCGGACGCCGCCGCUAACGGCCAGAUCUCUUUCAGCCUGCACGGCCCCGACGCAGACAAGUUCCGUCUGGACCAGAGGACAGGUGAGCUGUUCACCCGGGCGGUGCUGGACAGGGAGAAGGUGUCCGAGUACAGCCUGGCGGCGAGGGCCACGGACGGCGGCGGGCACUCCUGCCAGGCGGACAUCUUGCUGAGGAUCCAGGACAUGAACGACAACCCGCCCCGCUUCUCGUCUAGUCACUACGAGGUCAGCGUCUUCGACAACACCACCGUGCGCACGCCCAUCGCCGCCGUCUACGCCAAAGACCCAGACGCAGGUAUCAACUCGGAGGUGAGGUACUCCCUCCUGGCGGGCGACGGCGGCUACUUCUCCUUGGACGAGUUUUCCGGCAUCCUGCGGCUGGAACGCCCCCUGGCCCCCGACGCGCCAUCCGGCUUGGAGCUGAAGGUGAAAGCCACCGACCGCGGCCUACCUCGACAGCUGUACUCCGUCGCCACUGUGACGGUGGAUGUGGUGUCCCUGGAAGACUACCAGCCCGUCUUCCUGAGCGCCGAGUACGCUGCCCAGAUUCCCGAGUCUUUGGCCGUUGGCUCCGAGGUGCUGAGCGUGUCGGCCCUCGCGAGAGAGGGCUCGGGGCCCGACCCCGUUAUCUACCGUAUUGUGUCCGGGAACGAGGACGGACGCUUCUUGCUGGAGCCAAAAACUGGCCUCCUGACCCUCGCUGCCCCGCUGGACUUUGAAGUUUCUCGGGAGUUCUACGUGUCUGUGGAGGGCAGCCGAGGCCGGCCGGCCCUCAGCGACGUCACCAUGCUCGUCAUCAACGUGACAGACGUCAACGACAACGCGCCCGCUUUCGGGCGGGGCGACUACAGCGCCGAAAUAUCUGAGGAGGACGUGCCAGGGAGCCUGGUGAUGAAGGUCACGGCGACCGACAUGGACGGGCCGCUCAACAGCCUGGUGCGUUAUUCCAUCGUGAGCGGCGACCCACUGCGGCAGUUUGCCAUCCACCCUCAGAGUGGCGAGAUCACCGUCUGUGCCGGACUGGACCGAGAAGAGCUUCCUCAUUACUCUUUGACGGUGCAGGCGGCCGACCAAGGCCACCCCCCCCUCUCGUCCGCCGUCCUUGUCUCCGUCACCGUGGCCGACGUCAACGACAACCCGCCCCUCUUCUCUCGAGUCCAACACAGCCUGCUGCUACAGGAGGGAGAGUCGGUGGGUAGCGGCGUCCUCCAGCUGGUGGUGACGGACAAGGACACGCCCAGGAACGGACCACCCUUCUCUUUCCACAUCGUCAGCGGCAACGAGGAUCACCGCUUCCACGUGGACCAGGGCGGCCUGCUGUUGCUGUCGGCCCCCCUCAGGAAGAAGAGCAAGGCUCAGCACCGGCUGAAGAUUCAGGUGACGGACAGCGGCCACCCUCCGCUCUCAUCCAUCUGCGUGGUCACCAUCGACGUCAUCGAGCGGAGCAAGUACCCCCCCUCUGUCGUCCCUCUGGAGGUCUUCAUCACCACCGCCGGGGGCCUCUUUGCUCGUCACCUCAUUGGCCGGCUCCACGCCUCAGACCCGGACCCGCAGGACGUGCUGAGCUACAAGCUGGUCUCUGAGGACCCAGCCGGGCCGCGUUUCUCUGUGGACGGCGCUGAUGGUAAAAUCUGGGCGUAUGAAAGCCUGGACGAGGGUUCCUACUCACUCAACAUCAGCGUGACGGACGGCAGGUUCAGCGUCUGGACCGGGGUUAAAGUUCACGUGUGGGCGGCCACUCAGAGGGCGCUGGACUCGGGUUUGACCUUGCAGCUGGCCGGGGUCUCUCCUGAGGUGUUUCUGGGCGAUCACUGGAGGGGUCUCCAGCGCAGCCUGGGACUCGGUCUGGGUUUCCCCAGGCAAGAGCUUCACCUGGCCAGCCUGCAGCUGCUCCCUGACACCCAGGAUCUGGAGGUUCUGCUCAUCUGGAGACCGCAGAGUGGACUGAUCCAGCCUCUACCAACCAACAGACUAGCAGGCAUCAUGUCGGACAUCGAAGACUCCUUGGGCCUGAGUAUUGUCAGGGUGAGCCACAAUGGCUGUCUGGGUACCGGGUGUCCACCACGAGGCUGCAGGAACGCCGUCCACCUGACAGGAGACACGAUGACCCAUUUCACCACCGCCAGAGUGGCUUACAUCACGCCGCCGCACGGCUGGGAGAGCGUCUGCCCCUGCAACGAGUCAGCACUGAGGUUCCGAGAGCAGGCCUACCUCAAGUACCUCCACGGGAUGGACGAGGACCAGCAAGACUUCACGCUGUCCCUGAGCUUCAGAACCUUCCGGGAAGAAGGUCUGCUGGUGUUGGCCAACGGCACAGACUGGGGAAGCUUGCAGGUGAGCGGCGGCCAACUUCACUUUGUCUUCAGCUGCAGAGUCCUCGCUCCCGGACGUCUGGCACUGAGGUCCCACGCCGUGUCGGACGGCCGCUGGCACCGCGUCCUGCUGGAGGUCCAACCCGCGUCCUUGAGGCUGACCUUGGACCAGCAGCCUCCAGUGUCCGCUGGCCUGGCGGCGCCGUGCCGCAUGAUGCGCCCCCACGGCACUUUGCUGUUCGCCUCCGACCGCCACCAGGAUUCCGCCCCUCCCGGAGGUCGGCCAGGAAGAUUUGAUGGCUGCCUGGAGCACCUGGAGGUCAACGGGGAGCCAAUCAGAGUGGGGGAUGCACCGGAGUGGGUGGGGCCCGGCAAAAGGAGAGUGUUUGGGGUGUACGAGUGCUGCAGCACGGGGGGCGUUUGCGACACCAACCCCUGCCAAAAUGGAGGCACCUGCCAGGAGGACCCCAGUGGAGAGGCUCGCUGCGUGUGUGUGGGACUCUUCCACGGCUCGCGUUGCCAGAGAGGCAACAACCCGUGCGCCUCUCAGCCGUGCACCGACGGCCGAGUGUGCGUGCCCAAAGACCAAGGCUACAUGUGCAACUGCACGCAGGAGCGCGCCGACGCAGGGUGUCACAAUCUGGUGGAUGUCUGCUCUCCCAAUCCGUGUCCCGGAGGCUUCCACUGCAAACUUUCUGAUGGUUCCUUCCAUUGCGACCCCCUGCCCCAGGUGUCUCCCGUGGUGGGCUAUGUGGAGAUCAUGGAGAUUGGCGGCAGCGUGCUCGGCCUGCUGCUGCUGGUUGCCAUCUUUGUCUGCGUCAGAAAACGCCACGUUCAGCAGCAGAAGAAGAAGAAGGCUGUCUGCGUGCAGGACUCCAACGGUUAUUUUCCGUCCAGUUUGGCCAAGAGCCUGAAAGCUGGCGACCAGGACGUCCCUCCUAUGGAGCUCAACUCCAUGGGGGCUCCCACCAACGACCUGGACCACUCGCCCUUCAGGUCACUGCGCCCACGUAGCCACAUCAGCUCGGGGGGCGCAGUCUCUUCCUCCAAACCUCACAGUCCGGCGGUAUGCAGCGUGGCCCCCAACCUGCCCGUCAGACCUCCGUCCAGCUCCGACAACGACUCAGUCAAAAAGAACCACUGGGACCUUGACUAUGAAGUCUAUCCCGCCGACCCCGACUACUUCGGCCAUCCGGCCGCGGGGGAGUUCCCGCAGUUUGACAUCGUGGAGGACACCUACUCGUGCUCCAGCGUGGACUCACGCAGGAACUCGCGAUUCGGCGGCUUCCCCUUCCCCCUGGAGCGCUCGGAGCGCCGCGCCCCCCUGCCUCCCUGCUACAGCAGCCAAGACCUGGACCGCUUCCUGGGUCCCGACGGCGUCCCUCUCCCCAGAUCCCGGUGUCCCGACGAGUACACGGCCGUCAGCUACUACGCCCGCUCCCUGGACAACACGCCCGCCGGCUACAAGAGGCUGAGCGUGCGGCCGAGCGUGGCCACGCCCUCCUACGCUGAGCAGACGGGCGUCGCCGCCGCCAACGUGGCUCAGCCUCAGACUCGGCCGAGCGAGCCCGGCACGUGGAACUACGACGGCUGUGGCGCGGCGGAGAGUGACUGCGGCAGCUGCGAGGAGGUCAUGUUUUAGGACGCUAACAGGAAGUAGAAACCACAGCGGAGGCUGGACCCUCUGAGCAAGCAAGUCGAUGUCGUGCGUGCGGCUGCUAUGAUUGGUUGUCGUUGUUCAGGCUCCGACCCCGUCUGGCAGCCAUUUUAAAUGUCGUAAACGUGCAACAAAGACGAGAUUAAAAAAUGCCAUUUUUGAAAUGAAGUGUUGACUCUUCAGUAAAAAAGCCAAAACUGAUCUUUUAUUUAGAAAUGCAAAGGUAAAGGUGACUUUACACAUCUUUUUUGAAACUAUCAAUUUGAAUAAAAACAUUUUUCAUUUAAUUUCCUGUCAAAUAUUUGGUGACUUUCACAAUAAAACCCCAUGUUCCUUGUGUGAUGAUUCAAGAUGCUAACGAUGACAAAUAUUUACUUUUAUCCUUUUUUGUUACAUUCAUUCCCUUGCAGCACUUUUUUGGAGGAAAAAGUUGUGUUUUUAUGCCGAUGUGAAGUUGUGUAAAGUGUGUGUGUGUGUUGAACUGUGACGUCUAGGGACUCCGCUUGAAUGUAAAGCAUGUUUGCUUUUAAAGUUGAUGUUUAUGACCUUGUUGUUGUACAGACGAGAUACUGUAUGAAUAUGAAAUACGAUCAAAUAAACAUGAUCU